UGACCGAGUGCGUGUGUGUAUUUGUCAGGUCAGGGAAGCGCUGGGGCCGAGCUGCACAGCGGUACUGUCUGUAUCCGUGUACCACACGGCGAAGCCUCCCUGCCAGACGCAGGCUUGGCGGGUCCUGACGCCCUAAGACAACCCUUAUACGGAACCCCACUUUACAGACUGAGAGGCUGAAGAGGGUGGAGACGCUGUGGUGGGGAGAGCUGGGUGGCUCUCCCCUGGCUGUCAGGCCUAAAACAAUUUUAAAAAUCCGGACGGGGGCGCGGAGGCCGGGCCUGCGGGCUUUGCCGCGGCGCCGCCUCCAGUUCCACUCCAACUCCGCUACUAGGCACAAGGCCUGCGACUGCGGACUGCGCAAGCGCGCCGCGGUGGCCGCGCUCUCCGCCGCCUAGUGCCGGCCGGAGCCCGCAGAGAGGCAGCGCCAUGGUCGCGGGGCUGUUUGGCUGCUGGUUCCGCGUGGGCGGGGCCCGCCCCGCUGGCCGGGUUAUCUCAGUCCGCCCGACGGUGGUGCAGGCCUCCAUGAGCCGGCCCCAGACAGCCCUGCUGGGCCUGGGCCUGCUGCUCAUGCUGCUGCUGUACGUGGGGCUGCCGGGCCCCCCAGAGCAGACCUCCUGGCUCUGGGGGGACCCCAAUGUCACCAUCCUGGCUGGUCUCACUCCUGGCAUCCCCAUCUUUUACCGAGAGGUGCUCCCACUCCACCGGGCACGCAGGGCGGAGGUGGUACUGCUCCACGGAAAAGCCUUUAACUCCCACACGUGGGAGCAGCUGGGCACGCUGCAGCUGCUGGCGCAGAGGGGCUACCGGGCUGUGGCCCUUGACCUCCCAGGUUUUGGGAACUCAGCGCCUUCAAAGGAGGCCAGCACAGAGGCGGGGCGGGCCGAGCUGCUGGGGCGCGCGCUGCGGGACCUGGAGGUGCAGAAUGCCGUGCUGGUGAGCCCCUCGCUGAGCGGCCGCUAUGCCCUGCCCUUCCUGAUGCGAGACCACCGCCAGCUGCACGGAUUCGUGCCCAUCGCGCCUGCCUCCACACAGAACUACACCCAGGAACAGUUCUGGGCGGUGAAGACCCCGACUCUCAUCCUGUACGGGGAACUGGACCGUAUCCUGGCUCGGGAGUCACUGCGGCAGCUCCGCCACCUGCCCAACCACUCCGUGGUGAAGCUGCACGACGCAGGCCACGCCUGCUACCUCCACAAGCCGAAAGACUUCCACCUUGUCCUCCUUGCCUUCCUUGACCACCUGCCUUGAGCUCGCCCGCUUAGCUUGGAGGAUCUGGACCAGUCCCUCAGCAGGGAGGCCCCUGGGACCAGACGGCCGAGGCCAGAGGGCCAGGCCCAGGCAGGACCUCUCAUUUCAUCUCACAGGUACAAUAAAUAAAAGCGUGUUUGUCAUGCCCAA